AUGCCUCCCAAACGGGCUGCGGCUACUUCCGCCGUUGAAAAAAUGGCUUCAAAGCCUGCGGCCAAGUCUGCUCCCAAGUCCGGCGCGAAGCCCGCCACAACAAAGACUGCGACCAAGGAGAAGUCCGCCACAAAGCCCCGCUCCAAGGGUGUGUCCAAGACCAAGUCUACCGAGACAAAGACUGCUGAGUCCAUUGAAAAGAAGAAGAAAACCACCGAAACCAAUUCCUCUGACACCAAGCGCGGACGCGGACGCCCCAAGAAGAUGAGCACUGAGACUGCUACGAAGACUUCCGGCAAGAAAGCCACCACCGAGAAGACGCGCAAGACUAAGACUGCUGCUGCCCCCACUGCCCCCACUGCCUCGAAGAAGCGCAAGGCCGAUGAUGCCGAAGAGAAGCCCCGUGAGGCUAAGAAGCCUCGUGUCAUCGCCAAACCGCGCGCUCCCAAGCCCAAGUCCGUCAAGGCCACGAAGCCCAAGGUUGUUAUCAAUGAGGCCCCCAAGACUCGCCUCAACGUUUACGUCUGCGGUGAAGGCAGCUCCGGUGAGCUUGGCCUUGGUACCGCGAAGAACGUCAUUGAUGUCAAGCGCCCCCGUCUGAAUGCACUUUUGGCUGCCGACAAGGUCGGUGUCGUCCAGGUCGCCGUUGGCGGUAUGCACUGUGUCGCAUUGACCCACGACAACCAGAUCUACACUUGGGGUGUCAACGACCAGGGCGCCCUGGGUCGCGAGACCAACUGGGACGGCGGAUACAAGGACGUCGACGAGAACAGCGACUCCGACUCCGAUGAUGAGGACAGCGGCCUGAGCCCUAAGGAGGCUACUCCCACUGCUAUUCCUGCCAAUGCCUUCCCCGAAGGAACUGUUUUUGUUGAAGUUGCAGCUGCCGACAGCUCUAGCUUUGCUCUGACCGAUGAUGGUCUGGUCUAUGGUUGGGGAACCUUUCGAAGCAAUGAUGGCAUUCUAGGCUUCGAUCCCGUGAACAAGGUGCAGAACACUCCCGUCCUGAUCCCCGACCUUAAGAAGAUCAAGCACCUGACCUGCGGUGCCAACCACGUCCUCGCCUUGAACGACAAGGGCAGCGUCUUUUCCUGGGGUUCCGGCCAGCAGAACCAGCUCGGCCGUCGCAUUGUCGAGCGUAACAAGCUCAACGGUCUCCAGCCUCGCGAGUUCGGUCUCCCUAAGAACAUCGUCUCCAUCGGAAGUGGAUCGUACCACUCCUUCGCCGUCCACACCUCCGGCAAGGUUUACGCAUGGGGCCUGAACAGUUUCGGAGCUACUGCUAUCCGCGAGGGCGCCGGUGACGACGAGGCCGCCAUUGUUCACCCCGUGGUCGUUAAGUCUCUUUCCGACAAGGAGAUCACCCAGGUCUGCGGUGGUUCCCACCACUCAAUUGCUCGCACUGCCAGCGGCGAAUGCCUCGUCUGGGGCCGCCUGGAUGGAUUCCAGAGUGGAUUGAAGGUCGACUCACUCAGCGACAACGCCGUGAUCAAGGAUGAGCGUGGCCGCCCUCGCAUUCUGAUCGAGCCCACUACAGUCCCCGGCAUCAAUGCCAAGGUCGUUGCCGCUGCUUCUGACCACUCCCUUGCCAUCGACACUGAUGGUCGCGCCUGGUCCUGGGGCUUCUCUGCCACCUACCAGACUGGGCAGGGAACCCAGGACGACAUCGAGGUUGCCACCAUCAUUGACAACACCGCUGUCCGUGGCAAGCAGCUGAACUGGGCCGGUGCCGGAGGCCAAUUCUCCGUGUUCACCGACCCUGCCACUAUCUAA